GUGUGUGAGUGUGUGUGUCCCCCCCCACACACCCCCUCGCCAUGGUCGACGCCUUCGUGGGCACUUGGAAGCUGGUGGAUUCGGCCAAUUUCGAUGAGUACAUGAAGGCGUUGGGCGUGGGCUUCGCCACGCGGCAGAUGGCCAACCUCACCAAACCCACCACCAUCAUCGAGGUGGAAGGCGACAAGAUCACGGUGAAGACCCAAAGCACCUUCAAGAGCACGGAGAUCAGCUUCAAGCUGGGCGAGGAGUUUGACGAGACCACAGCGGACGACAGGCACGUCAAGUCCGUGGUCACGCUGGAUGGAGGCAAGCUCGUCCACGUGCAGAAGUGGGAUGGGAAGGAGUCAUUGCUGGUCCGGGAGCUGAAGGAUGGGAAAUUAAUUCUGACUCUCACCAUGGGCAACGUCGUCUCCACCCGCACCUACGAGAAGGCGACAUAGACGCUGUCCCCAGCUCCCUCGCCCGUCACCCGGUGCCGCAUUCGCCCUCAUCUUUGCCCCACGCCGGACACGGCUUGCCGUGGUCUUGGAGCCCGCUGCACCCGCCGGGGCUGCCUGCUGCCCCCGUCCCCAUCGCCUUGUGGGGCUGCUUGGGGCUUGGGUGGUGGUUUCACGGUUUGUUUGUUUUUUUUUUAAUUAAUAAUGGGAAAACCCACAUGGAAAAAUAAUAAAGGCCAUGUUGUUAA